CAACCCCAACCUCCUCCUCACAAUGGGUCUCAGCGAACCAAAAAACCGCAGCAAACUCUCCGCAGACCCAAACAACACCACCUGGUCCCGCAACACCGACCGCUUCGGCCACCGCAUCCUCACCUCCCAAGGCUGGACACCCGGCGCCUAUCUUGGCGCCAUCGACGCCGCGCAUGCCGAACACUACACCGCCGCCAACGCAUCGCACAUCCGCGUUUUCCUAAAAGACGACAAUCUCGGGCUCGGCGCGAAGCGGGGCAAGGAGGCGGUGGAGCGGUUUGGGCUUGGCGGGUUCGAGGGCGUGUUGGGGCGGCUGAACGGGAAGGAUGAGACGGUGUUGAAGGAGGAGCAGAAGAAGAGGGAGGAUUUGGAGAUCAAGGUGUUUACGAGUCGGAGGUGGGGCAGUAUGAGGUUUGUGAGUGGGGGGUUCUUGGUUGGGGAUAAGAUUGAGAGGCUGGUGCAGGGAGAGAAGAGGAAGAGAGGAGAGGAGGGGGAUGGGGAGAGUGCGAGGCCGGAGAAGAAGGUUCGGAGAAAGCAGGGGAAGGAUGAUCUUGCAGCUGCUGCUGUUGCGGAUGCGUCUGAAGAGGGCUUAGAGGCUGACUCGAAAUCUAAAAACAAGAAGGAGAAGAAACGGCGGAAGCAGAAAGAGAGUGAUGCCGACGAAACACCCUCUGAGUCCACAACAACUACCCCCACAGCCUCAGACGAGAAGGCGGAAAAGAAGCGGAGGAAAGCCGAGAAGCGGGCCUUGAAAGAGGCACGUCGGCUUAAGAAGGCGGAACGAAAAGCAGCGAAAGCUGGCUCCGCGUCCAUUUCUACCACCGGCACAUCUACGCCAUCUAGAGCUCAAUCAUCAUCCUCAGAAGAAGAUGAAGCUGAAGAAGUCAAGAAGCUGGCAUUGCCAACCACCAAUCCGGCAUACAGUAUGGCGGGCGGGCGACACGCUGUCAGGCAGCGAUAUAUUCGGCAGAAGAAGAUGGCAUCGAUGGACCCAAGGGCCUUACGAGAGAUCUUCAUGGUCAAAACGGGAGCAUAGAGUGUAUGGGUUUUCAGAAGCAUAGCGAACGGCGAAUUGGGGUUAGAUACGCUUUGAUAGAUUUUUAAACGCUACGAAUAUCACUUUGGCCUCUUCCUGUGUCAUGAUUGCAAUUCGAAAUAGAAAAACGUGG